GACUCAUGACAUUUGCCCCUCCCUUUUUAAAUGGCUGUGAGGUCAGUUUCUGGUGAUCGAGCCUACCUAGAUACCAAGGACUUACAGAAAGUAUUGACUGAGCUACAACAAUUUUCAAAGCCCAACUGGCGCAAAUUUGGAUUGGAAGCUGGCCUCUACAAGGAAAGUCUCGAUAUAAUAGAAGCUAACUACAAGAGAAAUGUCGAGGAUUGUUUUAUCGAGUGUUUGUCUUGCUGGCUGAAAAGACAGGAUAAUGUUGAUAAUGAAGGAAAGCCAGCAUGGUGCAGAUUAGCUGAGAUAUUAGAGAAAAUUGAAGAAAAAAACUUAGCUGACAAAAUUAGAGAUAUGUCUAGUGGUAUUCAUAAAGAGCAGCAAGUUUGCACUGUUACUACUCCUGGUCACAGCAUUUUUCUUCCUGAAUUUUUAGAGGAGCAAUAUCUUCAAAUGGCCACUGAAUUUUCAAGUAUACUAUCACGUUUUGUUAGUCGGGUUUGCAAAAAAAGGAAAACACUAAAUGCUGUCAAAAUUUGCUUGGUUGGCAUUGUACCAUUAGAUAAGAGAGAAAUCAGUAAAGUAGAUAGUGAAAUUGAAUUGAUGUGUGUCCUUAGAAAUUACUGCUCUUUGAUAAAAUAUCCAAUACUAACUAUUUUAACGAGGGACAUGAACAUGCUUGAUAUUAAAAAGGAACUUGAUGAAUUUGAAAAGAAAAUGAAGAAGUCAUACAAAAGUAUUUUAGCAAAGGACUUUGCAAAAAGUGCUAUUGAAUAUUGUGGUACAUUGCAUAGUAGAGAGGUGACAUUUGAAGUGACAUGGCCCAUUGCUAAAACAACACUUAAUGAAUUUGAGCAGUUUCUAGCUGCUGCCUUUCGUAGUCAAGACAUUUAUAUGCUCAUUCACUUGAAGGCUGUGCAUAGUAGUCUAUUGACAUUUGUUUGUAUCAUUCCAUAUUGGCUAGUAGAAGAGAUGAAAGAUUGCAUUCUUAAGAAUAAAGACCUUAUUAUGUCUAAGGAAGUAGUUAGAAUUACUGUUGAUGGCACUACUGUAUUUAGUGUGAAAAGUUCACUAGAGCCUUAUCAGUUGACAUUAGAAAAUGUGGAAAAAGAGUCAUUUCAGAGUGACGGCGAAGCUGAAGAAGAAUACUGUGAGCCUCUGGACCAUAAUGUACAAGAAGAUAGAAAAUCUGGUGAAGUUUAUGCUUGCCUGAUGUUUUGUGAGAAGGAAUCAAUUGUAUCCUUUACUGCUGUACGAAUUAAAAGGUUAACUGACCUUCUUGAGUAUAUCAAAGAUCAUCAUCAGUUUGCUGAAAUUGGCCCAAUUCAUUAUGUUCAUUUCAAAUUGCCUAAUAGUUUUAUUGAAUUGAAUUUUACUGAGAAGCCACCAGCUGGUUGGACUAUUGUUCCUUUAAUUAAACCUUGCAGAUUGUAUCAAGCAGAUAUUGACAUAUUUGAUGGCACAGAGGAAUCUGUUCCUCCAUCUUGUUUGAUAUCCUUUUAUAGAUCACCUGAUGCCGUGCCAUUAUUGCACUACUCAGUACCAUUAAUUGGUGUGGCUGAUCCUGUUAAAUUUUAUAUUCAUAAUAGAGCAAUGAAAACUAUAGUUUCACCUGCACCUUAUACUGGACUGGUAUAUCAUGAAAAGAAGGAAGAUACACAUUUUAUAUUUUUUACUGCAGCAAGACUUCAGGACAUAUGUAGUAUUGUAAAUUAUGUAGAAGAUCAAUAUCCAUUAGCUAAAAUCAGUUGUCUGAUUAGUUUUGACUUUGAUUCAAAUCAUGAUCAUAUUGAAGUAAUUUUUAAUGCUAGUCAAAUCAAACCUCACUCUUAUAAAUUACACAAGGAUCAAAUUGACAAAUUUAGUGUUGUCAAAACUCUUCCCCCAUCUUUUCAGAUAUCAAUUUAUGAAUCACGUGAUGCUUUUUCAACAAUAUCUUGCUCCAUAUCAUUGGAUGGUGUGGUUGAUCCUGUUAAAAUAGAUUUAAUGUUAAAGUCUCCUAUGAAAAUGACAGCAUCACAAAAUAAUGUAACAUUAUCAUAUUUUGGAUUAUUAUAUUAUGAAUGGAAAGGGAAGGAAUAUUUAAUGACAUUCACUGCUUCCAAGAAGUUAAAUCACUUACUUGAAUAUGUUGAAGAAUAUCAUCCACUAGCAAAAAUCAGUCAAGUUUGUGAUUUUUGUUUCAGUUCCUCUAGUAAUUUUAUUGAACUAUAUGUAAUAUGCGAAGAUUUUUGUGGAUGGACUGUUCAACCAUUGGUGAAACCAUGCCGAUUAUAUCAAGAUGAUAUUGACAGAUAUGAUGAAGCUAGUUAUCUACUUCCUCCAACUUGUCUGUUAUCAGUUUAUGGAUCUGUCAAUGCUGUUCAUACACUACACUAUGUUAUAUCACUGAAAGGUGUUGCUGACCCUGUGAGAUUAUGUAUUGAUAUGAAACUUCAGUUAGAAAAAGAUGUACUAAAGCUUAUUGAUGACUUGCAUAGUUCUAAAAAAGAGAUACAGAAAAAAGAUACAGAGAUUGCUGCAGCCAAAAAAGAUUUAUGCAAUGUACUUGAGAAACUUAAAGAAAUACAUGAAAAAGAUGUAGAAGUUGCUGCAGCAAAAAAAGAAACAUCAAUGAAGACUAAAGAGCCACCAGGAGAGUCAGUACACUACCUGUUACUGUCUGGAUUACCAGAUGGUAUCACAGCUGAUGCUGUGGAAGGAUACUUGUCUAAUUUGUUUGAUGAAGUCAAUGAUGUGGUAUUACUUGGGAAUGGAAGUGCUCAUGCUGAAGUUGUUGAUGAUAAUGAAUUAAGUAUUAAAGAGUUUAUAAAUAAGUCGCACAAAAUUAAGAAGCAACAGAUUGAAAUCAAGCUUACAGAUCCACCUGAUCCAGCCAGUGUUCCUACCAGCACUGCAACUCCUGAUGCCUUGGGAUUAGAUUAUUAUCCUGAUUUGAUUGAAGUCACUUUUGAUGGUGUUAUUGAUACUGAUAUUAUUCAGAUUUACUUUGAAAGCAAACACUCAGGAGGGAAGAGGGAAAAAGUAGUUGAAUCUAUUACGACAUUUGAAGAGGGCAUUAUUCAUGUUAAGUUUGAAUCACCAGAUGAUGCACUAGCUGUUAUUGCACAAGAGGAACAUUCAGUCAAAAUUAAAAAGCAGCCUCGUAAACUUGAGGUUCGCUAUGUCCCUCUUCCACCAGUGAAGGAAUAUGAUAUGAGCAAAUUAAUAAUCAAAGAUAUACCAGAAGGAAUGGAAGAAGGUUAUUUAACCAUGUUUAUUGAGAAUUGUCUUGGAUUAGAUGAAGAUGAUUUCACAAUUAAUUUAAAACCAGGUGUUGCUAUGCUACUCCUAGAAUCUUCUUAUACUGAUGAAGAGCUAAAUAAAAUGAUGGAGAAAUUAGGAGCAAAAAAGUUGCCACAGAAAAAGGAGCAGUUGACUGUUGAAAGAUGUGAAGUUAAUUACAGUAUUUAUGUUGCUGGCAUCACUAACAAAAUUUUAGCUUCAGAAGAUGGUUUAGAACUUUAUUUUGAAAGUUCCAUAAGUGGAGGAGGAGACGGUGUAGUUGAGAAAAUUGAGAUGCUAGCAAAAGACAAAGCAAAAGUGACUUUUAAUGAUCAUUCAGUUAUUCAGAGAGUUUUAAAGAAGAAACACCCUAAACUGGGUCCUAGUGUCAGUAUUACUGAAUGUUCAGUCUUGGACUCUUUAGACAAAAGUACAAUUGAAGAAGAGGAGGAGGAGGAGGAGGAGCCUGUUAAAAAGAAAUCAAGUCACAAAAGAGACAAUAAGACAGGAGAAAACCCAGUAAAACGACUUGAUAAGAAGAAUAAGCAAAAAAAGUCUAAGAAACAUAGCAAAACAUGUAGUAGCAGUGACGAUGAUGAAACAGAUGCUUCUUCACCCCCUCCUCUUGUCAAAGAUAAUCCUUCUCAAGUUCCACUCAAUCCUGUACACCAUCCAUUGGAUCCUCUUCUUGCUAAGUAUGUUCGUUUAAAGCCUGACAUUACCAAGGGUAUUGAAAUGGAGUUUCAAGUUAAGAUUACUGCAGCUGAUGCUGGUAUUAUUACAAUAUCACCUUUACCUUCCUCUCCUCCUGACUGGCCUGAAAAAACUGUAGAUAUGAUGCAAGAGUUUAUUUCUAGCUCUCUCACUAAAGUCGAUUUACCUGUUCCUCCAGAAGUUGGUAGCUCAGUUUAUCCGAUGAUAAUAAAAGAAUGCAAUGAUGAAGGUUUACAAUAUGCUUUUGGUCAAGGUAACAAUAAAGUUACAAUAGCUGGUCAUAUUGAUGCUGUAACAAAGCUACAGCGCAAUGUUGCUGAACUAUGUGGUAGAAUGAUACGAUGUGUAGAUGAGGUUGAGCUUUCAAAGGAAGACUUUAUGUACUUCAAAGGUUGGGCUUUAUCUCGAGUUCAGCAGCAGCACAAAGCAGUAAAGCUGCAAUGUCAUGAUGAUCGUUUGUCAUUAUCCAUUGAUGGUUCUAUGAAAGAUGUGGAUGAGGUUAAGUCUAAGUUAUCACAGCAUUUGGUUCAUAGUAAAGUUCCUGUUAACCUCCAACCAGAAGCAUUGAAGUUUAUACAUGAUGACCAACCAGGAAGACAAAAGCUUAAUACCAUGCUCAAAGGUCACCCUGAGGUCAUUCCUUAUUUUUCUCAUAGCGCAAAUAAUCAGCUCUUCUUCCUUUUACUCUGCUCAAAUAGCCAUAUUGAUAAAGCUGAGCAUGUAGUAACAACUAUUCAGCAAGAAAUAGUAGUCCAGUCUAUUGAUUUGCCACAGUCAUUUUUAAGACAAAUAUCCGAUUCAAAUUUUGUGUCAUUUCAAACUAACCUUGCCAAAAAAUAUUCCUUUUCUGCCACUGUACAUCAGAGCAAACUUACAUUAGUCAGUACUCGUAGCAGUAUAGCAGACGUUAAUAGAGAAUUUCAUACUUUUGUUACUGAAGCUUGCUCUGUCACUGAUGUAAUUAAUUUUAAAAGAGGAGUUUGGCGUCUGUUGCAUUCAACAUCAAUGGAGAAGAACUGGACUGAUCUUUUGGAAAAUAUGAAAAAGAGAGGCAUCAUGAUUGUUUUCUCUUCGAAACCAACAGCCCAAAAACCAUACAUUAAAAUUAAAGGAGAAGUGCAUAAUUUGGAGUUUGCAAAAGAAGAAAUUAUGGAGUUCCAAGCUGCUGUGAAAGAGCGACAGGUAACAAUCUCUCGUCCAGGAAUGGGUAAAUAUUUCUUGAGUAAUCCUCAAGGUCAAAUGAUGCUGAAAGGUAUAGAGUACGAAGCUAAUGUUUGUAUUGAAGUUGAAGUUAGUAAAGAAAAUUUUGAACAUGAUGAGCCUUCCAUGACAGCUAGUCGAAGUUUCAAAAAUAUUGGUUUUGGAACUACUCCUGAGAUGAAGAGAGUGAAUGUGAUAGUUGGUGAUAUCACAGAGUUUGAUAGAGCUGAUGUUAUUGUUAAUGCUGCUAAUGGCCAGCUAGUUCAUGAUGCUGGCAUAGCUGCUUCUAUUGUAAAAAGAGGUGGUCCGGCAAUCCAAGAAGAUUCAACAAGGUAUAUUGAUAAGAAUGGAUAUCUUUUUGAUGGAGAAGCUGUUCUCUUUCCAAGAGCUGGUAAUCUACCUUAUAAGGCAAUAGUUCAUGCAGUUAGUCCACAAUGGAAUAGAUUUGGGGAUAACUCCAGAGAGAUAGCAUUGUUAAAGAAGGCCAUUCAUCAAAGUCUAGAGAAAUCAAAGGGUUUUACCUCAAUAGCUAUCCCAGCAAUAAGCAGUGGUGUGUUUGGUUUCCCAGCUGAUGUGUGUGCUGAUAGUAUUCUAAAAGCUAUUGCUGAGUUUAGUCGUGUUGACCAUGGCUCACAACUUAAUGAGAUCAAUAUAGUUAUUUUUGAAGAUAAAAUCAAUGAGUUUUUAAAGGCAGCUAAAAGACAAUUAAAAAGUUUUCAGUUUUAUAAUUCCACUCAAAGUUUAUUACCUCUCUCAGUAGCAGUUCCUUCAAGUCAAACAGCAUAUUCUUUUUCUCUUCCUCGUGGUCAUAGUCCAGAUCUUCCAACAAUAAUGCUUCCUCUGGAUUCAGAAGUUAUAGUUCACAUUUACAGUGAGACAGAGUCAAUGGUUGAAAGAGCCGAAAAAAAAUUACAGUCCACAAUUGCUACAUUUUAUUACGAGGAAAUUGCUGAUCCUAGUAUCUCUGCUUUCUCUGAUGAAACUGUACAUGAACUUAUAUCAUUUGCAAGUGAUCACAAUGUUGAUAUUGAAAUUGAUCGAGAUCCUAGCCUUCAUUUGGUUAACCUUCAGGGAUUUUUUCAAGAUGUUAUGCUUGUCAAAGAUAAAAUUUGUGAUGCAAUGUCUUUUAUAACUCAAGAGCAAUCAAAGAAAUCUGCUGCUGCCUUAGUUUCUAAAACUGUACGCUGGACAAGGAUUAAUCCAGAUAAUGAAGAAGAAGAGGAGUAUGGUGAAUUUCUAAAUUAUGAAAUUGAGCAAGCAUUUCAAAACGAGAAGGAAAUUUAUGAUGCUGCAGAUGAUAGCUUCUUUAUAAACUUUGAGAAAAUGAAGGAAAGGGAUAAAAUAACUAAUAAAACUGCUAUUGUUAAACGUUUGAAUCUCAUAAAAGUACAAGAACAACCUGAUAACUGGGAUCCAAUACCUCUUGACUCUCAAAAAAAAGAAAAACAAUUUCAUCUUGUUACACUGCCAGCUACUAGUCCUGAAUACAAAACUGCUGAGACAGCUUUCAAUAAGACAAUGACUGGAAAAUAUGCUAAGAUUCUUAGCAUUCAAAGGCUACAGAACCCAGCCUUAUACAAGCAGUAUGCAAUUAGAAAGAAAGAAAUGGAAAUACACAAUCCUAAGGGCCAUCAAAAUGAACGACUGCUCUGGCAUGGUACCAGUCCUGAUACACUGGAUAAGAUUAACACACGUGGUUUUGAUCGUAACUUUGCAGGAAAACACGCUACUGUGUAUGGUAAAGGAGUAUAUUUUGCUCGUGAUGCAUCAUACUCUCACAGAUACACAUCACCUGAUGCUAAUGGUGUUCGUCACAUGUACUAUACUCUUGUUCUUACUGGGGAAUUCACUGUUGGUGAUAAUUUAAUGAUAUGUCCUCCUCUUAAAAAUCCUCAAGUUGAUCUUAUUGUUACUUUUGAUGCUACUGUUGAUAAUGUUGCUAAUCCAGCCAUUUUUGUAGUCUACCGAGAUACUCAACAUUAUCCAGCAUAUCUGAUAAACUAUAAAUGAAUUCAUUAUAACUUAAACUGUGUAUCAGUAAUGUAGUUUAGGCCU